GUAGGCUCAAUGGUCCGGUACCUCAGGAGAAACCUCUCUUCAGCCGUCACCCUCCUCCGCACAGCUUUGCGCCACGUCUGGGAACGUGUCAGCUCCCAAGAGUCCAAGGAAGCCAUCGUAGGUUGUGUGCUAUGCAUUCUCAACAUGCACAAGAAGGUGGACAACUGAGCUCCCCCUUCACUUGUUGUUCUACCCUCCACUUGUCAGCAGCACAGAGACUGGACAAGAAGACGUGGACACUGGCCAUGUCUGAGGGUAUUGUCAGGAAGAUACAGCCCUUCACGAUUGGGACUAAGCUGUCUGUCCCCACUGUGCACAAAUGCCAGGAGUUUACGGAGACUUAUCUGCAAAGCCAGAACCUUGAUAAUUGCACACUAAAGCAGAACCUGAAUUCGCUCUACCUCAGUCGACAGCAGGUCUGCGCACAUGGCCCCUGCCUGGUCUCGCCCACUGGCCAGCAGGUAGCCCCCGUGAAACACAAACAGGAGGACAUGGCCACAGAAGACCACCUAAACCAGAACGUCACCCCUUCCUCUGCUGUUUCCAGAUCUAUCAAGAAGAUCACAAUCUCCGGGAAUAAGAAAAGCCCAGAGAACACAAUUUCAGUGGGACUAAGACAGCGAUCCAUUUUUGGAUCCACAUCUGAAAACCAUAAUAACAACAACAACAUCAGCGGCACAUCUGAUCAUAACCUGCCUAGGAUUGUGGGAGUCAACUGUGAGAAUAUCCCUAACUCUCAUUGCAAGUGCUCUGUUACAGCACACCCUUCAGAGGCAGUGCUCACUGGAAAACAUGAGGAGAAAGACGCUCAAAGAUGUCAGCAUCACGCAGAGAAUGAAGAGCAAGCAGAUGUUACAUCCCAGAGUGACUGCUAUACUCAGCACAUAUCUCUCUUCAACAAGGAAGUACUGCAGGCUAAGACAUGGAGCAAAGACAAACUGCAAGAUGACUCCAAAAUUCAGCGCUGCCCCCUGCAGGACUGGGAUGAAGCCUCACAGAUACUUCAGAGAGAUCUUAAAGACUUUGACAACACCCUAAUCCAACUCAAUCAGACAGGCGAUCAGCUGAUCUGCAAGCUGAAUCCCACUUCUGACCUUGUGAAGAAUCAGCUCAGCCAGCUGAAAGACCAAUGGAACAUUCUGAAACAGACAGCUGCCAGUCAAUCCAGGGUUCUGGGAGGUUCCAAAAACCUGCAGGAGUUCAACAAAAAAGUGGACAAACUAGAGACAUGGAUUAAAGAGAAGGAAGAGACGCAGUCUCUUGUUGUCCUGGGUGAAAAUGUUGACAAAAUGCAGCUAACCAGAAGAAUUUUAGAUUUGAAACAGGAUGAGCAGCUAUACAGAACCCUCCAUGAGGAGAUCAAUCACAUGGCCCUCAAAAUGGAGAAACAAGGGAAGUUGGAUAGUAAAAGCAUCUCCAACAGGAGGAAAAAUAUCAAUAAAAUGUGGCUAAAGGUGCAACCUCAGCUAAAAAAACACCAAGACAAUCUUCACCUUGCACUCGAAGUGUCCUCAUUUUACCAGCAGGCUGACAAUACAUUAUUUGCCAUCAAUAACAUGAUGGAAAGCAUAUCUGCCUCAAAAGAGUCAGGGCAUUUCAGAGACAGAGAAAUCCGUGACAUUGCCAGUGAAAUCAUGAUGCUAGAUGUGACUGUGUCCCAACUGUCAAAUCUCCACCCUGCCUUGGCUGCCGGUGUCACACAGAAGCAGAGGGAGGUCAGGGACUGCUGGGUUUCUCUUCAGAAGGUUUUCAGGAGCGACCGGACAACCCUCCCUCCCGUGGGCUCAGCAGUCACCAAGGGAGACGCUGACCCCUUGACAUCAACCCAAGAACUCCAAUGCAGCAUGGGAAAAGAGACUCAAACGACCAUGGGAAAGCAGGGUGAAGAAUGGCAGCGUGAUGGUGGAGACUAUAUGAAUAUAUCGGCAUGUUGUGGAAGUAUUAAGCAAAGCCAGGCACAGCCAUGUGUGAACCACACCUCUUCACCCAUGGGAGAUGGCCCUGAUGAUGUCAUCAUCAGUCAUCAGUCGAGGAGGGAAAGCCGGAAGCCUAGAGGUGAGCCCAAGCGUAUCACGCCCCCGAGAGGCCACCCACAGCUUCAUAUUCAGCUCCAGAAAUUCACCGUGUCAGCUGACAAGACUCUGUCCUGGCUGAAGGAAAAUGUUUCUCUGGCCACACAAGUGUGUUCAAUAGCCACUUUCGAGGGACUAGAGGCAGCCAGGAGGUGCCAACAUGCAGUGCAACAAGAAAUCCUCACGAAUAAAGCCAGGAUAGAGGUGGUCAAAAGAGAGGGCCAUGGGUUGGUCCGUGCACAGCACCCGGGCUGCACCAAGAUAGAACAGUUCCUCAGCCAGCUGGAGAUGCUUUGGGAAGAGCUGCAAAGGAGGCACCAGAGGAAUGCUGUGUUCCUGCAGGCCUCAGAAAACCUGGGCUUUAGGGUUGUUAAAGUACUACAGGCUCUUGGAAGCCUGGAGGCCUGGCUGGAGUCUGUGGAGCUUUCCGUGAAGCAGUCAUCGCUAGGCAGUGACCCUGAAAAAAUGCCAGUUGCAGAGCGAGAGAGCUGUCUGCUGGGGAAAGAAGUAGCCAUUCGUGGCCUGGAGCUCAAUGCUCUCAGAAAAGAGGUGGAGCACCUGCAUGGCCACAGUCACCCACACACACGUGGCUUGCCAUCACGUAUAGAAGAGGUGGACAGAAAGUACCAACAUGUUCUAAGUGCCCUGACUCAGCAGAGCUCUAAGCUGCAGGACACGUGCAUGCUGACGGAGUUCUUGGCGCGUGUGGAGCUGGAGGAGAGUCAGGAGCUUGACAAUAGUCAAUACUGCUCAGAUCAGCCUCGCCACAGUAAGAUCUCAUCAAUUCCUGACUUGCUGGGAAUUCAAAGCAGUGGUGAGUGCGAGCUGAGCAUGGUUGAACCUGUGGAGGAACCUAGAGAGGCUGUGGUGAUGCUGAAUGACAAAGUGAGAGAGAGACGACGACCACAGAGUCAUGAGCGGUCCAUACAGGAGCUAUUGAGCAAGCAAGCCAGGGUGUCUGUGUGCAUGGAGGAGUGCCUUUGCUGCUACAAUGAGCUCAGCCUGGACAUCCUUGAGAAGGAGACAGAUAUGGCUGUCCAAUGUGAGCCAGAUCACUGUGGCUUUGAAUCGCUGCAGGAGAGAAACGCCCACCUGGAGAUUGACUAUGAAGUUCUCACUGACGAAGUGAAGGAGAUGGAGAGCCAAGCUUCUUGUUUGAAGGAGCUGUACCCAGAAAGAGUGCAUAUAUUUUGGACCAGGCUUCAGGCAACACUGCAGGUCUGGACAGAGCUGGGAAAGAGUGUGAUGGAGAGCAAAUCACGUCUACAAGAUUUCUUGCAUCUCCAAGACUUCUUCAGGCGCUACCUUGCAAUGAUCUCAUGGACAGAGGACACCCGGUCAUGCAUUUUCUCAGAAACCUUGCAUCUGAGGGAAGAUGGCCAGAGCCUGCAGUCGACAGAGCUUGAUAUACAAAUUGAGCAGAAGUUUGAGGAGUUUGAUGCGCUGGCGGCAUCUGGGAGAAACAUUUUGGGCAAAGAACACCACCUCACUCAGAUGGUAGGAGAGCGCAUGGAGGAACUGCGGAGUAUGCUUGGGUGGAUUUCUGUGCACUGGAGAGCGAAGAAACAAGAGUGGAUUCACAAGAAGAGUGCACAGGAAAACUCAAUAGAUAACAUUUAUUCUGAGGCCACAUUGUACUCCCCAUCAGAGACAACAGAUUCCUAUGAGUUCUGUCAGGCUCUGAAUGUCAUCUCAGAAGAAAGCAAACCAAUGGCUAGAGGAGACAGCCAGACCUCAGAGCAGUUCUCUGGACAUGCUCAGCAGACAGAAGAGAAUCAGUUAGAAGAUGCCUAUGAGGUCAUGAAAAGUAUCAAACGAUGGGAUGGCGAGGCCCCCCGAUCAGAGUCUUCCACACCCUCCCUCACGGUCAUUAAGGAGCCCAGCAGUCCCUCUUUAGGGGGCAUGGUCAACCUCAUCCUCAGCUUUGGUAACACGGGGGACAGCCACUUUCAAGUGGUUGACCAAACUGACGAGGUUGUAGAAGAGACUUCUGAGCCUCUCCACAGGCCCACUGUGCCUGCCUGUAAAAACUUUUGGAAGCGCUGCCAGGGGCUUUUGGAAAAUACUUUGGGUAGUUUAAAGCGAAAGAAAAAGAUUUAUCGGCAGAGUGCAAACGAGGUGAGUACUUACUUGCAUGUGAAGGAUAACAACUCAGCUGUGGCUCCAGUGUAUGAGAGUAUUACUCUCCCGCGCCAAAAGAGCCGCUUGACUUCCUCAGCUUCCCCUACCGCCUCGCCAUCCUCCUCCUCACCACCCUCCACUGUGCAAGCACCUCAGACCAGUCUAUCCUUCCACCCUGUGAACGGGAGGUAUGUCAACAGCUCCAUCUUCUGCAGCCUUAAGAGAAUGGGAAAGAAACGAAAGAGAAGGAGAGAUACCCGCAGGCAUACCAUCCAGAAAGUCAUAGGGGUCGACGAGGAAACAGAUGAGCCUCUUUACGCCUGUGAGACAGUCACUUAUGACACACAUACCUGGCCACUGAAAGAGGGUCGAAGGAAGAAAAGUUCACCACAGUGUGGAGAUGGAGUUGACGCUAUGGCCCACAUAAAGAAUCCCCUACUGAGAGACAUUGAGUUAGAGUGCACUGGAGAGGACUCUAUUACACCAUAUGCCGUUUCAGAGGGGCCAGCCACUUCCAUCCAAGGGAGAGGCCACUGCAGAUUCCUUUCUUUGGGCUCCAUUUUGAGUUUUGACUUACCAAAGGACAUGACUCUCAUCCCCAGCAUUCAGGAGAUCAUUACUAUCUCUCCUCGGGAAUCCAAUAAGGGGGCUGGAAUUGAUCCAGAUCCAACCUUUCAGCAACACACAGCUUUGAGUUCAUUCAAACAAACUCGACCCUCCCUGGCCAACACUGUCAGCAAAGCUGAACUUAGCUCUGAGACACAGAUGUCUACAGUUGUUGUGAAAGAUAUGACUGAUAAUGACCCCAUUUUCAACACAGCUCCUCCUCCCCCAGUAAAAGACGAGGAUCAGAUGGUACCAUGUAAUGAUUUAUCCCAAAGGCGGUUAAACCUGCAGAAUGAUGCAGAGCAGGAGUGGGACAAAAUGUCAUCAGCACUUAAAACUGUAAAUUACAACACCUGCCAGCUUUCCCAACCCCCUAUUUAUGUGAAUCAAGCCACUCUGUUCACUAGUGCAGCUCAUAAACACCAGUGUCCAAAUGUUCAUACACUUAUUCGGGACCUCAAUGGACACAGGUACCAUAAAAGUGCAACGAUGCGUGGUGUACACGAUGAGAACCCAGGACAGUGUAUGCACCAAGCCUCUCACGUUGUUGUCAAUCACAAGCCAACUGAGAAUGUUCGUCAAGACUCGGUGGAUUCAGGCAUCUCCAGCUCCAGCAGCAUCAAACUGUGUCCUGAUGCAUCUUGUCCAGAUAACCCCCAGAUUACUGGAAUGGUGGGGAAGCUAUUGUCCCUUCAAGUAGGACGCAUUGAUUGCAAGAUAGCAGAGAACGUGGGUCCAUCAAAACCCAGCGAAGACCCACAACAAGAACCUGUCCACCUGGACCAUCAACAGUUUGAGGAAGAAGAAGAAGAGUUGGAGGGCAUCUGGAACGAAACUACCAACUUCAGGCAGAGUAUCUGUUCAGACAUCAUGUACCUGCCUAACAAAGAAGAGUCCAUACCAUCGGAUCAGCCGAGUGAACCAAUUUCCAGCUCGUCCCCUAUCAAAGUGCCUGCUAUGCUCUAUCGAAAUCUGGCCACAGCCUCAGAACCCAACCUCUUUGUGGCAGACUUCAAGCUGCCAUCUAACAUCCAGAGCCUCCUGGGUACCAACAAGGACCCCAGUUCCCAAGGCCCACCACAGACCAUAAGAGACAGAAGGUCAUGGGCAGCCUUCCCAAACAAGGACCAAAUUAGCAAGAUCUUAGUGGUUGUGAAUGAAACAGCCACAGAUCAAUUGAACCUUCCAGAUGUUGUUGACAAUCAGAAAUAUAUCUACCAAUACAGAGAGGAGGAAGAGGAAGAAGAGUCUAAAGGUGGGAAGGAGAUGGACGAGCACACAGCUGGUUCAAAGGACCAGUCACAUGGCUUCUGUCACGAAAGAGAGGAAGUUCAAAACCUUGAAGCCAUGGAUCUGCAGGAAGAGGCAACGGCCACAGGAGGGCGCUGUAGUACUCUAGAUGGAAAUCCUGAGCUGCAAUCUAUGGAGGGAACUCUUGAGAGAAAGCAAAAGCUGCAAUUUGGAGGAAAGAAAGUAGGAAAGGUUCCAUUCGUUGUUCAAGCUGCCUCCAGAGGCUGGAGCUCGUAUCACACUGUCUUAUAUCGACACACCUUGUGCUUCUAUCAGGAUAGAAAGGAAACGCUGAGGAGUUCUGCGUGUGGCCUGCCGCUGAACCUCACUGGAGCUGAGUGUUCAUCUGCUCCAGAGUACACCAAGAAACCCAACUGCUUCCGUUUGAGGCUGCGUGAUGGCUCAGCAUAUCUGUUCAAUCCCUCGUCACGCUUUAUGAUGAACAAAUGGAUGACCAAAAUACAAGCAAACACAGGUGCAAGCCAGUCUGUGUCUUCAUUGUCAAACAUCCCAGUAGAUCAAAGCAUCCCCAUUUCCUUAAGCCCCCCUCUGUGCUCAGGCUGCUAUGGUCUGGCCAAAUGCUACUGCUCCUCCCAGCAUGAUGUCACCUCCACGUUUCCCAGACGGAAACCCCCGAACCGAGCCAAAGACAUGGAUGUCCUCUCCAGAGAGUUCACGCGCUUGCCACAGAAUCCCCUAAGACGUUUGGAGGAACAUUCGACCAUGUCAUCCACACAUGGACAGUCCUGCAAUGAUGAUGAUGAUGAUGAUGAUGAUGAUGACAGCAGCUGUAACCAAAUGGUGACUCAUAGACUUCAGGGAGGAAGUGAGGAAAACACCUCUUCCUCCCAUUGGUCCCCCCCACGGAGCAAUCAGGACUGGCUUACCAGCAAGGGUCGCUCCCACUCCUUCACUUCUGCAACCUAUCAGAAGAUCAAGCCCACGCGGCAGAUCUGCAGAGGCCCAGAGAAAGGGUCUAACUACAGUGUGACACUGGUGCUGGGAGACAAGUCAUCAGACAGUAAAACCUGUGGAACUCCACCGGUGGCGGUGGCCGGAUGGCAGCUGGACGCUUGCCCGCCAAGGAGCUUCACCAGCCUGCCUAGGCCUCGCAACAAAUAUGUCUUUAAGAAAUUCUUUGGCAAAAAGGACCUGUGACUUUUCGUCAGAUUGUAUAAUGUGCAGUGCACGUUUUUAAUUAAUAUCUACUACUGACCAUAUUUAUAUUAUGAGUUGCUCCCAGUUUUAUUUGAAUGUGUGAGAUGUUAUUUCUAAGAGUGUGUGUAUAUUAUUUUAAUACGUGUGCACUACGUAGUUGGAGUUAAUUUUGCCCCUUGUCUUAAUUUUACAUUUGUUGUUUUGUAUGGGGCAGCACGGUGAAUGGUGGAGUUUGCAUGUUCUUUCUGCGCUUGUGUGGGUUUUCUCUGGGUACUCUGGCUUCCUCCCACAUCCCAAAAAUGUAGGUUCAUUGAAGACUCUAAAACCAGGGUCAGCAACAUGGCACCCGGUAGUCCCAGAAACCACGAGUCACCCGCGGGCCUGUUCUAAAAGUUGCUCACCAGUGAUGAGAUAUUGUGAUUUCCUAGGAAUGUUGAAGUGAUCAUUUGAAUAUGUACACAUUUGCAGAGAUUUACAGAAAUAAAGUGUUGCAUACUGA